UGUGUUGUCGGCGGAAUGACAUAACCCUAACUUUUGUGGAAAUAUUCGAAAUAAAACACUUGAGCUGACUUAAAAUGUCCUCGUACAAAUAUAGUGAGCUUAUUAAGCUCGGCACACAGUACGCGAGCCGCAUGAAUUAUCUAUCGAAUCGCAUAUUUGGCGAAGUGGCGCGCACAACAAACGACAAAUCCAUGAAGGUAGUUCGCAUGUUCGCCGAGGAGCCCAUACAGAAGCGCGACUAUGUGGUCAACUGGUAUCCACGGCAUGUGGAAACGCAUCUGCUGAUGAAGAAUCUGCGCGAAUAUGGACUCUUCCGUGAUGAGCAUCAGGACUUCAAGGAGGAAAUGAAACGCUUGCGCAAGCUGCGUGGCAAGGCGCCGCCCAAAAAGGGCGAGGGCAAACGUGCCUCCAAGAAAUAGAUGUAAUAAAAAAAAUAUGCUAAACAUUA